AUGGCGAGGCGCGGUGCUCACCGCACCGCCUUCCUGUGGUUCGUGCACGACCAGCUGCCCGGGCUGGAGCGCCGCGGGCUGUCCGUGGCCUGUGUGGGGGACGCCGUUCCGUACUGCUCCCAGGCAUGGGAGUCCCUGACAGAGGAAGAGAAGACGAUGUAUGCAGAGAAGGCUCGUACAUGGAAUAGCAAGAAACGCUCUCAGAAGACAGCGAAGGAGACUCGUAGUGUGCCUGAUCCAGUUCCUGCUCCUCUGACCACAAAGAUGCCCUGUGUUACUCCUUUGCCAGAUGCCUCUGCUCUCUCUUGGAAGAAUGAUCAGGAUAUGGUUGCAGACAUCUUCUACUUCCUGGACAUUUACAGCUACGGGAGGCUGCCCCCCCACUGCGAGCAGCGCUUCCUUCCCUGUGAGAUUGGGUGUGUCAGGUACUCCCUGCAGGAUGGCAUCCUGGCUGAUUUCCACCACUUCAUAGAUCCAGAAGUACCACCACGUGGCUUUCGGUACCACUGCCAGGCUGCUAGUGAUGAAACCCACAAGAUCCCCAUAUCUGGAUUUCACCAUCCUCGUGCUUGUUACGCGGUUGUCCUGCGGGAACUCGUUGAGUUUGCCCAGCCAGCCAGGGGUGCUCGGCCUCGCUUCUUCUGCAGGUCUAAUGACAGAUUCCGAAUUAACUGGUGUCUUGGUCGAAUGGCCAGCAUAACAGGCAUUGAGAGCCACUGGGAGCUUUUUGCAGUAGAAGACCUGAUAAUGAAACUGUACCAGAAGAAAUACCAAAAGGAGCCAUCCAACGUCUGGGUGUAUAGAAAACUGGAUGUGUGCCUGUGGGAUUUCUCCAGUAAUACCAGGUGCAAGUGGCAUGAGGAGAAUGAUAUAAUCUGCUGUGCUCUGGCAUCCUGUAAGAAAAUGGGUUACUGCAUCAGUAAAUCCUUUGCUGGUGUGUAUGGAGUCCCACUAACAGCAGCUCACCUCCCUCUGCAAGACUCUGAUUGUGAUCAAGGCACAAAUACCAGGAUGGUAAAACUGGAUGCUGGACAUAACCAGAAAAUGAAAGCUGAGAGUUCUGGAUGCAACAAACCUUUGGGCUCUCCAAGACAAGAUCAAGAGUUUGUUCCUUCUAAUGGUGAUUCUCCAUGUGGUGUGAAGACCUCCCCUUGUGGAACAAGUGUUGUACAAGGAAGAGGAGUUAUUCGAUUGCUGAGAAGUGCAUCUGAUCUAUCCAAGUCUUUCAGUAAUUGAAAAUCUUUCACAUCCAGGACAGCUGUAAAUUAUAGUUUUCUUUAUUUCCCUAAGAUAACUAGUAGUUUCUCCAGACUGCAGUUUUUCAUCUUCUGUGCAAACCUUGACAGUUGAAGUUCUUGUUAGAAUGAUGAAACUAUUGAGUGGAUUUAAAGAAUCUUGUUCAUUAUGUACAGGAAGACUUACUUUGAAGGGACCUAACAGUCACAUCUUUA